AUGGCCUUCUCGUCACGUGCGCUCAUCACCAUCAUCAACACCAACUACUCUUCCAAGGCCAUGUCUGAAAACGGAAAAAAAGGAGGCUACCUGCAGAAAGAGCUAGCAGGCGUUGCUCUCCGAGGCCGCAGGACGCUGCAUCUGAACGAACCAGACUCGGCGCCGGCUUCUAUGGCUGGCCAUAUCUCCAUGAAAGAAAUGGGCUCUAGAGCCCGAACCGAGCCAGAAACACGGCCUAGGCCCGCCAACGGCGAGGAAAACGAAGAGAGGAGCCAAAAUAACGGGAAUUUCGUGCAAAGAGACCUCAAUUUCGAAGAUAUAGCGUACAAGCCCACGACCGAGGGAAACGCCGUGGCUUUUGAAGCUUUCACUGCUGAAAUACGACAACAUAUUCCUGACGAGCCUCAUAGUGUGAUUUUAUCGGCAGCAGACACGGUGCUAGAGUUGUUGAAGGAUGAAGAUAGGGAUCUUCUGGAAAGGAGGAACGAGAUUGGUGAGCUUCUAUCAACCAAGCUUUCAGACGAUGAACUACAUGCUUUGAUCAAGAUCGCACACAGCAUCACGGAUUAUGACCAGAAAGAGGAAGCAGCGGAAGAAGGAGGCGACCAGGCUUUGGCAAUUGAGUUUGAGGAGGAAAACGACCAGGAGACUCAUACUAAUGUGGUGGUGGAAGAGGAGGCUGUUGAAGAAAAGGAAACGGAGCCUGUGAUCCAGGAUUCGCUGAAUGUGACGAUUCAGGGUGGCGAAACGCCGAAAUCGACCGUUUUGCCGUUACAUGACAUCAAGCGUGAUUUCUUCUACAGCCGAGUUUCUGCACUGGAACCAGAAUGGGAGCCCGAGGCUGUACGUGAACAGUGCAAGAAAAUAACAAAAGUGCUCUUUGACAAGAGCGUUCCAGCCUCCGAUCUCGAAAAGGCCCUUAUGGAGGCCACAGACUACAAGCACCUCGAUUUGGUCAAACUAUGCAUAGAAAACCGCUGGAAAAUCAUGUUCCAGCUACAAGCGCUUGGAGGCGAUAAAGAGAAAGCCAAGGCGAUUCAGGAAAUGAAAGAAAUGGGGCUCGAUCUGCUUCUAGCGGAGUUUGGCGUGGCUGUAGAGCAGCCUAAAAAGAGAAGAGCUCUGGACCAGGAAGAGCCGACCAAGAGAACAAAGCAGGAGACGAGAAAACCAAAAAUCGUGGAUCUUGAAGGUCUUGUUUUCGAGCAAGGUGCUCACCUCAUGGCGACGUCCAAGGUCAGUCUCCCCAAGGGCUCGUAUCAACAAAACAAGAAGCUCUACGAUGUGAUCUCGGUACCUGCUCCAGAAGGACCGCCAUCACUUGAAUCCACCAACGAACAACUUGUUCAAAUUUCUGAGCUCCCCGAAUGGGCUCAGGCUGCUUUUCCUUCUGCAGAAACACAGUCGUUAAACAGGAUCCAGUCGAAAAUCUACCCUCAGGCAUUCCAAAGCGACGAAAACUUGCUUCUUUGUGCCCCUACAGGUGCCGGUAAAACCAACGUUGCCAUGCUCACCUUCCUACGGCUUUUGCUGAAUUACCGUGAUAGUGAAAGCGGUCGUAUAACGUUGAAGUCAUUCAAGGCGGUGUAUGUUGCACCAUUGAAGGCUUUAGUCGCUGAACAAACCAGAGAGUUUCAAAGAAGACUCACCUCUCAGUACGGCGUGGUUGUGAACGAAUUCACCGGUGAUUCGAGCCUCAGCCAGAGAGAAAUCGCCGAAACACAGAUUCUUUUUACAACGCCAGAAAAAUGGGAUGUGGUGACUCGAAAAGCUACCGAAUCGCUGUAUGCGUCCAUGGUGAAGCUCUUGAUCAUCGAUGAAAUCCACUUGUUGCACGACGAUAGGGGUCCAGUGUUGGAGAGUAUCAUUGUCAGGGCCAAGAGAAACCCCGAUAUCAGAAUAGUUGGACUUUCUGCCACUUUGCCUAAUUACGAGGAUGUUGCACGUUUCAUCGAUGUUGACUUGAAAAAGGGCCUUUUCUACUUUGACGCCCUGUACCGUCCUUGUCCAUUGGAGCAGCAGUAUGUGGGUAUCAAGGAGAAGAAGGCUAUCAAAAAGGUGGCUGCCAUGAACGAGGCCUGUUUUGAUAAGUUGAAGGAAAGCAUCAAAAACAACCACCAGCUUAUUAUUUUCGUGCACUCGAGAAAGGAUACCUUCAAGACCGCCAAGUGGUUGGCUGAAAAGGCCGAAGAGGAGGAGAUCAAGAUCGCCAGUUCCAGUGCUGGAACUCAGGAGAUUCUCAGACAAGAGGCUGAAAACGCAAAUAACAAAAAUUUGAGCCAGGUUCUCUCUUCAGGCUUCGGUAUCCAUCAUGCUGGUCUCAAGAAGGAAGAUAGAGGAACCGUGGAAGAUCUUUUCGCCCAGGGCCAUAUAAGAGUUCUUGUAUCUACGGCAACAUUGGCCUGGGGUGUCAAUUUACCAGCCCACACGGUUGUCAUUAAAGGCACAGAUACUUAUAAUCCUGAAAAAGGUGCUUGGGUGCAACUUCUGCCCCAGGACAUUUUGCAGAUGUUGGGUCGUGCUGGUAGACCUCGUUACGAUAAAUCCGGUGAAGGUGUGAUUAUCACAGCUCACGACCAGCUCCAGUACUACAUGGCAGUAUUGAACCAGCAGCUUCCUAUCGAAUCCCAGCUCAUGAGCAAAUUGGCAGAUAACUUGAAUGCUGAAAUAGUCUUGGGUCAGGUCAAGUCUUUGGAGGAUGCGGUGAACUGGCUUGGCCAAACGUACUUAUACAUUCGGAUGCUCAGAUUACCAAAACUCUACCAGGUUGGAGCAGACUAUGGGGACGAUAAGGUCUUGUACUGGAAAAGAGCCGAUUUGGUGCACUCAGCCUUCACCAUUUUGAACAACCACAAGUUGUUGAACUAUAAUGAGGAGACGGGUCUGGUGGUCCCUACUGAGUUGGGAAAGAUCGCCGCUGGUUUCUACAUCGGCCACUCCACGAUCUUCAUGUACAACAACAAGCUCAAACCGUGGAUGUCGGAGAUCGAUGUUCUUCGAGUUUUUGCAUCGUCUGAAGAGUUCAGGUAUGUUCCGGUGAGACAAGAGGAAAAGCUUGAGAUUGCCAAACUUGCUGAAAAGUGCCCCAUUGCCAUCAAAGAAGCACCUAACGAGCCAUUGGCGAAAAUCAACGUUUUGUUACAAGCCUACAUUGCCCAUUUGCUGCUUGAGGGAUUUGCCUUGAUGGCAGACAUGAUCUACAUCACCCAAUCGGCAGGCCGUUUGCUUAGAGCUAUCCACGAGAUUUGCUUGAAAAAAAUGUGGGCUUCUGCUUCCCUUGUGACCUUGGAGCUCUGCAAAAUUGUUGAAAAGCGAACUUGGAACACAAGCUCUCCAUUUAGACAGUACGGCAGUUUGGCACCAUUUGAGCUCAUCAAGGCCACUGAGGCGUCUCACUUGCCGUUUAUCAGUUACCUCAAUUUAAAUGCCGCUGAACUCGCCGAGGCCUUCAAUUUCAAAGGACAGAGCCAAUUGGCAUACAACUUGCUUCAGAAUUUCCCCAAAUUGGACAUCAAGUGCACUGCUCAGCCAAUUUCCCAGGAUACCUUGCGUAUUCUGGCAGACAUCAAUCCCAAUUGGGAAUGGAACAGGACGCUCCACGGUUCCAAGGAGAACUUCUUGAUUAUCGUUGAAGACGUCAAUGGUGAGGUGAUUUUGCACAACGAUGUGUUGCAGAUCAACCAGAAAAAUAUCCACCGUACCAUUGCACUUGACAUUUUUGUUCCUAUUGCCGACCCGCUUCCGCCUAAUUUAUACUUGACCGCUGUCAGUGAAAAGUGGCUCAACUGUCUGUGGAGACAACCCAUUGAGAUGUUCCACACCCAGCUUCCCAAAAAGCCGCUGUCUGCUACAGAGUUGCUCGAUGUUCAGAGCAUCCCUACGACUGCCUUGAAAGACGAAAAGUUCACGGACUGUUUUGACUUUUCCCAUUUCAACAAGUUCCAAUCGCAGGUCUUCCAUGCCCUUUGGAACUCCGAAAGAAACGUCUUUUUGGGUAUGGCAAAAGGCAGUGGAAAAAGCGUCUGUGCCGAAUUGGCCAUACUCAACCACUGGAGACAAAACAAGCAGCGUGCCGUUUAUUUGCAGCCAUCCCAGGAACUUGUGGAUGUCAAUCUCAAGGUGUGGCAGAAGAAGUUUGCCAAUUUGACAGACCCUCCAAAGCAGAUUGCCAAACUCACGGGAGACCUCACUUCAGAUAUCAAGAUCCAGGCCACCUCUCAUUUGGUUCUUGGAACUCCCACGCAAUUCGAUGCUCUUACAAGGCGCUGGCGCCAGAGAAAAGCAGUUACUCAAAUUGGAUUGGUGGUUGCAGAUGACGCUCAUUUGGUUUCAAGUGGUGAAAAUGGCGGAGCAGCUUAUGAAACCGUGCUUUCAAGGAUGCGUUUGAUGAGUGCCCAUUUGAAGCUGGAUCUUCGGAUCGUCGCUUUGUCACAUCCGCUUCUUUAUGGUAGAGAUUUUGGGGAAUGGUUGGGCUGUAUCAAGCAGGAUAUCUUCAACUUUGAAGCGUACGAGCGUUUCAAGCCCAUCAAGGAGAUCAAGGUGGACGGUUACAACGGACCUAAUUACACCAUGCUGAACUGGCCCAAGGUUGCAAGCUUUUUGGAGAAAGCAGAAGGGUCCACACUUAUUUUUGUGCCCAACCAGAAAAUCGCCUUGGAGGUUUCCCAGAAAGUCGCUGAGCUCACCACAACAAAUGCAGAGAUUUCUUCUUACUUGCUGAAAAUCAGCGACAAGACAGCAAGAAAUCUCGCAGAAAAAGGCGUUGGUAUCUUCCACCAGGUCUUAUCCCCAAGAGACCAACUUGUGAUGAGUCGUCUCUUUUCUGGAGAGCUUCUUAGUAUCGGUAUUGCAACGAGAUCAUUUGCUAGAUACGCUCCUCAGGCGCAAAACAUUGUCAUUUUAGGCUCCCAAGACGAGGAAAUCCACCAGAACACAGACUACUACUUGAAUGAUAUUCUCGAGAUGGUGGGCUCAAGCUCUGGAGGCAAGGUCUUAGCGCUAGUGCAUGCUCCUCGAGUUACCUACUAUUCCAAAUUCCUCAGUGUCAGAAUGCCGUUGGAGAGUUACUUGUACCUGGAUCUAUACGAUGCUUUUCUUCACGAGAUCUCGGCCAGAACUUUCCACUCCAGACAAGACUGUGUGGACUGGCUCACGUACACAUUCUUCUACCGCCGUUUGGUACAGAAUCCCAGCUUCUAUGGCCUCAAAAAUGUGGGUCAUGUUGAGGUUUCGGAGUAUUUGUCUGAUCUUGUGGAAAACACCUUGAAGGAAUUGACGGAUGCCGGCUUGAUCGAGAUGGACGAUGAAGAGGAAGAGGACGAAGACGAAGAAGAGGAGGAAGAGGAAAUGUCUCCACUCAAUGGUGCCAUGAUCGCCUCCCACUACAACGUCAGUUUCUUCACCAUGAAGCUUUUCAGCGAAUUGACCGCCAAAUCCAGACUUCGUGAUGUUUUGGAGGUCGUUACUUCGGCUGCGGAGUUUGAGCUGCUUCUUUAUAGGCCCGGUGACGAAAAGACCUUGAGCCAAUUGGCAGCAGUGGUUCCAUUCAAAAUUGGUACUGAUGUCGUUUUGGAAUCGCCUCAAACCAAGGCUUUCUUGCUUGUUCAGGCUCAUUUGUCGAGAAUCUCUUUGCCUGCUGAUUUGGCUGAAGACCAGAAACUCAUUUUGAAGUCGAUCAUGAAUCUCGUGUUUGCUUGUGUUGACUCGUUGUCUUCUGAAGGCCACCUUAACGCUCUUCAAGCGAUGGAUCUUUCACAGAUGCUUGUUCAGGGUAUGUGGAACAGAGAGCUGCCUUUGAAGCAGAUUCCUCAUGUCAACAACGGCAUGCUUGAACGGUGCAAGAAGUACAAGGUCGAGACGGUUUUCGAUAUCAUGUCGUUGGAGGAUGAUGAAAGAGACGAUGUGCUUCAGCUUGAGGACCAGCAGCUUCAGGAUGUGGCUGACUUUGUGAAUAAGUAUCCAAACGUGGAUGUGUCGUAUGAGCUCGAUGUUGAAGAGGGCGUUGUUGCCGGUGAACCCAAGCAGAUCACCGUUACAAUUGAGAGAGAUGAAGAGUUGGAGGAUCUCGAUGUUGUUGCUCCACGUUUCCCUAGUCAGAAGCGUGAAGGCUGGUGGGUUGUUAUUGGAGAUGCUCAAUCCAGGCAGCUUUACGGUAUCAAGAAGACGACUGUGGCUUUAGAGACGCAGGAGGUUAAGAUGGAUUUUACGGUUCCUGUUGCUGGUCAUCAUAAGUUGAGUGUUUGGUGUAUGUGUGAUUCGUAUUUGGAUGUGGAUAAGGAGAUGACGUUUGAGGUUGACGUUGGGGAAGAAGCUUAA